CUAUCUGCAAAUAAAGUAAUGGCCAAAGUAUCUUAAUCAAGUCUUGAUUGAAUAGCCAAUUAAAGACGAGCUUAUCAACUUGAUCAGCCAAAGUGUGUAAUAAUGCAAACAAUCGCAAAUUUCCAAAAACUCAUUUGUGUUUCCUCUUUAAAACACAAGGAUAGUUUUAUGUUUCCUAGAAUUUUACCUGAUUUAUUCCUGAAUAUCCUUCCUGUUUCACGGCAACUGAGGUUUCACAGCGAUCACAACGGGUAUAAGAAAAGCCGCUUCUCACUGGUACAGCAUCAUUCAGUUUUCAUCCAUUUAAGAAUAACAACAGUCACGUCUGCACACUAUCAAAAAUUGAUUUCAUUUGACGUUCAUCUAUCAAGUGUUAGAUAUGGCCAUUCACAAACUAGUUUUCUGUCUUGCCUCACUAAUUGUUCUGAAUGCCAGUCCAGCCUGUUGUGCUCCUCAAGGCUUCAUGAACUUUGGCUGGCCUGCCCAGCAAGACUACAAUCAACGUCUUCCAGCCCAAGCUUUCACGCCGACUGAAACUGCACCUAUCCCGGCACCUGCAAUGGCUGGUCUGUGGUCCCCGCCAGCGCCAGAAGUUGCAGAGCCACUGAACAGACAAACGGUCACGGCCGUUCAGCCACCCAAAUUACAUAAGAAAUUUCCUGUUCCUCAAUCUCGUCUAUCGAACGGAUCAGCUAGUCGGCUCUCUAAACAACAAACCAAAAUCAACGUUGAGAAAGCAACCACAGAAAAGCCCGUUUCUGACGAUGACACUGAUUUGAGCAAACCAAUCAACGCGGUUGAGUCAGCAGCGUUGCCAGAGGAAAAACUUCAGCUUCAAAAGGUAGCCACAAAAUUAACUCUGAAAGAAGAAAAGGACGAUCAGCGAUUGUUGGAAUUUAUUCCGGCCGGAGUUGCUGCUUUGGGAGCCGCUUUGGGUCGUGAAGGAUGUCGUUUGAAAGCCGCCUGUCUCGCAGGAGGGCUGAUUCCUUCGUCUAUUCAGGGUCGUGACAUGAUGUUACUAGCCGCAGAAACACUAGUACCUGCCGAAUGGAAAGAAGUGUUCCAAGCAGCCAAGUCUAGCAUGAUUGAAAGACGAGAUUGCAGCAGCUUCACUUGCUUCUGAAGCACUGAACGUGGAAACCCUGGUUUUCUAGUACCUAUUAUUUAAGAUUUUAAUAUAUGCAAUGGACAACUGUGUUGCUGUAAAAUGCAGAAUGAAAUAAAAUGGUUAUU